AUGCCACCAGAGACAACCAAGCGACGACAAAAGGUCUUCAGUGAGGAAGAGCUCAAGGACAUCGAGCAAAAACGUAUUCGGGGAGAGCUUUCUUGUGCGGAAUGUCGCCGACUCAAACUUCGUUGCGACAAGAAAGUUCCCUGUAGCUCGUGUUGUAGGCGAGGAUGCGAGAGUAUAUGCCCCUGUGGUAUCUUGUCUGCGGGUCAAGGCACUAGAUUCAUUCUCGCUGAUACGGACCAUCUUCAUCGCAAAAUUACUGAAAUGAGUCAACGUAUACGGUCGCUCGAGGACGCUUUAGCAAUUCUACAGGCUACUGUCUCUGAAAAGCGACACCCUCUUCUUGAAGAUGAACUUCUCAAAAUAAAAUUUGGAGCAGAGGCUUCAAAAGCAGAACGACGUCCUGCUGAGACACAAGCCAUUGAUGCUCUUGGAACGUUGACGCUGACAGACGAGGGCGACAUGCGGUAUUUCGGAAGGUCAGCCGGUUCAGAAGCCGGCGAGGAGUGGGAUGAUAUUUCCGAAGAUUCAUCCGACGACAAUACCGAACUUUCAACAAGUCCGCAGUUAGAGAAGGCCACCACAGGAUUUCCAUUUUCACAAACGCAUACACCGAAUGCCAAUAUCAUCUCCAGGUUGCCCACGAAAGACCGCGCCCACGUCCUCUGUCAAUUGUACAUUGAUCACGCGUCCCUCUUCUUCCGGCCUAUCAAAAGCGCUGAAUUAUUUGACUUAUUCCUCCCUGACGUAUAUAAUGAUCCUCAUUCGGCACUCCCCCAUACACUCGCAGCCCUGUUCCUUGUGUUUGCACUAGGGGCGCUCUUUGAUCUCCGUCUUGGGCCUUACAACAAGGAGGCAGAAUUGUAUUAUCACCUGGGCCUUGCGGCGCUAUCACUGAAACACAUUCUACUGGAGACACCUCAAAUAAACACCAUUCGCGCGGUCGGACUUAUGGCGACGUAUCACAGUAUGGCUAGCAAAAAAUAUUCCCGGGAUAGCGCAUGGUGCAGUAUGGGUCUUGCUGCCAAGUUAGCACUAAGCCCGCCUAUAGAUCGAGAUAGUGCAAGAUGGCACAUGGACCCUAGCACCGUCCAGAUGCGCAGAAAUCUAUGGUGGGAAAUCGUCUCGUGCGACGUAUCUAAUGCAAAGCAGAGUCUUGCUCUUGGUCGACCUCCAUCGGUUCACCUAUCGUUUGUCGACUGUGAGUUCCCAACCGACGAAGAGGCGACACUGAGCCCGUCCGGAGACAUUGAAUUCGGCUUUUGGCGCAUGAAGCACAUGUUUGCCCGAGACAUUUUUAGUGCCGUCGUUGACGCAACCUUAACUGCCCAAGCACCUAGCUAUGCCACUAUACUGGACCUCGACAAGAAGGUCCGUCAGAUGACCUUCCCCGCGUCAUUCAAGCCGUACGUUACACUCGAAGAUGGGAAGGAGGAAUUCUAUUCUAGUGCGAAAAGUUUAAGAGACUUCUAUGCAAGCCAGCAUAGGACCGUCACGAUGCUCUAUCUGCAUCGAAGUUACUUUGCCCAAUCUAUCCUCGACUUCCCUUCUAACCCUCUUCUCAGUCCCUUUGCUCCCUCUUUCCUGACAGCGUAUCGGAGUGCGUCUGUUAUGAUAAAGGCUGCUGCGCAUCAAUUUGAUCGUUCAGCUGAUACGGCCACGAGGGUGUGGUUCCUCCUCUAUCACAUUUUUUCUUCAGCAGUGGUCGUUGGCAGUGUAGUUACUCGUUCACCCAAAACCACGAUCGCGCGAAGUGCUUUGGAGGACUUAGAGUUGGCCAUCAGGUUGUUUGAAACAAGCGCCGCUAAAUCUCAGAGAGCACGGGUCGCCUUGGGCAUCUUGCGCAAGUUGAAAGACAAAGCUGUAGUAUCCUACACUCAGUCCCGGUCAAAAUCACUAUCACCCGAGAGCGAUGGUUCCAUUGAUCAACCUGACACGUCAUCCACGCAGCCGCCGCAUUCCGAAUCUGAGGAUGAACUGGCUAUAUUCGGCGGACAGACUAAAGUAUUGACGAAGCGGCAUCGAUCAAAGAACUCUUUGCAGAUCGCUGGUUCCCCUGCAUCUACUACUGAAUCCACGCCUUCUCCU